UGAACCACGGAGAAACCUCUAACAGUAUGUCCCCUGCUGAGGAGCUGGUCCUGUCCAAGGUCGUCCACAAGGCGUUUGUGAAGGUGAACGAGACAGGGACAGAGGCAGCUGCAGCCAACAUUUCUUCUCUUGAUGAAUUAGACGUGAUGGCAUAUUCAAACCCUCUUUCCAAAGUCUUCACCUUCCCUCUGGAUCUGUUUAGGAGGCUGUACACAAUGGCAUUUUCAAGCCCUCUGACCAAAGCCAACACCAGCUUCUGUCUGGCUCUGUUUAAGAAGCUGAGUGAAAAUGACAACACGGCAAAUAUCUUCUUCUCCCCUUUCAGCAUCUCUUCAGCUCUGGCCAUGCUGAUGCUGGGAGCUAGAGGCAACACGGCUGCACAGAUGUCAGAGUGUCUGGAAACCAAGGAGUGUCAGGAUGAAGUCCAUACCGGCUUCACCCAGCUGCUGAGGGAGCUGAACAAGGCAGGCGCUCUGUAUGCCCUCAGUGUGGCCAACAGGCUGUAUGGGGAGAAGAGCUGCCAGUUUGAGGAGGAGUUCUUAGAGAGCACAAAGAAGCACUAUGAAGCAGAGCUGGAGAUGGUAGACUUCAUCACUGGUUUUGAGGCUGCAAGACUCAACAUCAACAACUGGGUGGAGGGCAAGACACAAGGUAAAAUCAAAGACUUGCUGGCUCAGGGUGUGGUGGACAGCCUUACCAGGCUGGUGCUGGUCAAUGCCAUUUACUUUAAGGGAAAGUGGAGCGAACAGUUUGAGGAGUGGAUGACAUGGCCCACUCCGUUCAGGCUGACCAAGAAUGAAACUAAGACAGUGAAGAUGAUGAGGAUUAAAUCUAAGUUUCCUUUGGCCGACAUCCCUGAAGCCAACUUCCAGAUCCUGGAGAUGCCUUACAAAGGAAAGGAGCUCAGCAUGCUCAUCUUUCUGCCCAAUGAAAUAGAGGACGAGACAACGGGUCUGGAGAAGCUGGAGAUGCAGCUGACCUAUGAGAACUUUGAGAGGUGGACCAACAUGAUGCAAGAAGUGGAGGUGAUGGUUAAGCUACCUCGGUUCAAGAUGGAGGAGACGUACGACCUGAUGGGCGUCCUGAUGAGCAUGGGGAUGGUGGACGCCUUCGACAUGGGGAUGUGUGACUUCUCUGGUAUGUCCCCUGCCAAGGAGCUGGUCCUGUCCAAGGUCGUCCACAAGGCGUUUGUGGAGGUGAACGAGACGGGGACAGAGGCAGCUGCAGCCACCUUUUUCUCUAGUUAUGCGAGUAUCAACCUUUCUAAGCCACUCUGCUUCAUUGCUGACCAUCCCUUCGUCUUCUUCAUAAGACAUAACCCAUCCAAGAGCAUCCUCUUUGCUGGGCGACACUGCUCCCCAUUGCCUCACCAUGAUAAUGAGUUUAAACUGUGGUGUUAGAUUUCUUAAUGUCUGCAUCAUUUGUGCCCUCCUGAACAUCAUUGCACUUUUAGAUUUUGCACCUAAUCUCCUCUGAAGACUAACGUUGAGUCUGUAAUACAGUUUUAGCCCUUUAUGCUGCAACCUAAGUGCUGAGUGGUUUGCAAAUGUUGUGUUGUCCUGUAUAUUGACAUUUUCUCAGAAUUGAUUCAGCCUCAUUGAAUAAAUCGAUCAGCUUUGUUUUCAUCUGUAUUAUGUGAAGAGAAAAUACACUUUAGGCUAUCUUUGAGAAAGCUUUAUGUCAAAUUAUCGAAAGUUAGUUCAAAGAAACAGAUUCAUUUAAUCUUCAGAAAAGAGAAUGCAUGACUACUUGUUGUCUGUCUGUCGAUCCAUCCAUAUAUCCAGCUUAAAUACAAACAUACAAACCUCUGUUAAUCUUAAACAAGUUUACAGAGGAAGAAAGAAAACAAACCUGGAAGACUCUAAAACCCGGACAUUUUACAAACAUCCAAGAGUCAAAGAAGGACGAGAAAAGUCCACUCUGUAAGCUGGCGCAGAAUGCUGGAUUAUCUAAACACAACAAUGCUCAGCUGGAAAAGCCUUUAUGACCCAGAAACAAAAACGUUACCCCAGGUACACAUUUCCAUCCUUCAAAAUAAAGCUAUGAAUAUCCUGCCUCGAACAGCCUAUUGAAGUAUACUUGUUGUUUUCAA